UCUUCCACUGAUUCCCCCUCUCCCUUUCUCUCGCUUUCUUCUCCCAUUUUUGGGUUCUUUAAUCUCUGUGUCAACAACAAAGCUAUGGAUUCUCCAAUGGCUCUUUCAUUUCUCCUCUUCAUUUUUUCCCUGUUGUCUCUGCAGGCCUUUGCUGAAGAUGUAUUUGUUGGUGUGAAUAUAGGAACAGAUCUUUCAGUAAUGCCUCACCCAACUCAAGUAGUAGCCCUCUUGAAAGCUCAACAAAUUCGACACGUUCGGUUAUACGAUGCCGAUGGGGCCAUGCUUAUAGCCCUUGCAAACACAGGCAUUCAAGUUAUGGUAUCUGUCCCUAAUGAACAGCUUCUAGGAAUUGGCCAAUCAAACUCCACAGCAGCUAACUGGGUUAAUCACAAUGUCUUAGCACAUUAUCCAGCUACUAACAUCACUGCCAUUUCUGUUGGCUCUGAAGUCCUUACAACUCUUCCUAAUGCAGCUAAGAUCCUUGUCAAUGCCUUGAAAUACAUUCACUCAGCACUUGUUGCAUCCAACCUUGACCACCAAAUCAAGGUCUCGACGCCUCUUUCGUCUUCGAUUAUUAUUGAUUCGUUCCCGCCUUCGCAAGCUUUCUUCAAUUCAUCAUUGGAUUCUGUGAUAGUCCCCCUUCUUGGUUUCUUGCAAUCUACUAACUCCUUCCUCAUGCUCAAUGUCUACCCCUACUAUGACUAUAUGCAAUCUAAUCGCUAUAUCAUGUUGGAUUAUGCACUCUUAAAGCCUCUCCCUUCGAAUAAAGAAGCCAUCGAUCAGAACACGCUUCUUUCCUACACCAAUGCUUUUGAUACAAUUGUUGAUGCAGCCUACUUUGCUAUGGCGCUUCUAAAUUUCAGUAACAUACCCAUUGUAGUUUCAGAAACUGGCUGGCCAUCAAAAGGUGGCUCUAAUGAGCCAGAUGCUACCUUGGACAAUGCUAACACUUACAACAGCAACUUAAUUAGGCAUGUGUUGAACAAAACUGGAACUCCUAAACAUCCAGGGAUUGCUGUUAGUACUUACAUUUAUGAGCUAUAUAAUGAGGACAUGAAAUCUGGGCCAAUCUCUGAGAAGAAUUGGGGAUUGUUUGAUGCAAAUGGAAGGUCCAUAUACAUUCUACACUUGACAGGAUCAGGACUCGUGUUAGCAAACGAUACGAUGAACCCGACAUACUGUGCUGCAAAAGAUGGCGCGGAUCGGAAGAUGCUACAGGCUGCAUUGGAUUGGGCAUGUGGACCUGGCAGGGUAGACUGCUCAGCUUUGCUUCAAGGGCAGCCGUGCUAUGAGCCUGACAAUGUGAUGGCUCAUGCAACAUAUGCUUUCAAUACUUAUUAUCAUCAAAUGGGGAAGAUGUCCGGGUCGUGUAAUUUCAAUGGGGUGGCUGCUGUUACAACCACAAACCCAAGUCAUGGAUCCUGCUCAUUUAUAGGAAGUGUUGUUGGUAGAAAUGGCACCUUGGCAAACAUCACAGCCCCAUCAAUGAACUCCACGAACUCAGAUUCUUCUGCAAACGCUUAUGGGUAUGGUGCUUUGAGUUGUGCAGUGAUGAUGAUGGUUGGCGCCCUGCUUGGGAGUUCCAUUUGGUUGUAGAAAGGAUUUCGUUCGGGUAGUUUUAGCUUGUUCUCUCCUCUUUUCCUCCAUUAAAUUUUGUACAAUUCAAGAUGGAGCUGUGGAGAACUGGAAUUGUAUUAGGCUGUUGGCUAAAACUGAUGCAAUAUUCUUUGGUUAAAUUAUAAAUUCGUUCGUCGUA